AUUAGAAAAAUUUAAUAACUUUGUUUUUUUUGGUUUUAUAUAAAAACCAUUCAAAACAAAAAGGAAAAUAAAAACGGUGAAGAACAUUUGAAGGCUGGGAAGUGUGUUUUUUUGUGACAUCAGAUGACUUCGUUUAGAAAAUGGUAAACUUUCGCUCAAAGAAAAGGUGGAAAAGAACCCUGUUGGAUUCACUUGAUUGAUGGAAGUGGUGAUUUUUGUACGCAUAGCCUCAAGAUAAAAAUUACCUACAUGUGGCUUGCCAUUGAUGCUGUUUGAAAAUUUGUAAUUUUGCCACGGGAUAACCACGAAUAAAAUUGUGUUCUCAAGUUUCAUCAUCCUCUUCAUCAUCAGAUAUACGCCACAUCUCAUCAACAGCGAACAGCAGAUAUCAACAGCGACCAUCACAGAUGCCGUCAGCACUACAGAAGGGAGCACGACGUCAUUUGGAAGAGACAACGCAUGUUAGUCAGCAAAAGCCAUCAAUUGCAGCAACAUCAUAGUCAGCAGCAGCAGUCGCAACAACAACUUAACCAGCAGAAUUUUGUACAAACAAAAUCGACGAAAACAAUAAAGAAAUCAGAGAAGAAUAAAAGGUCGGUUAUAAAGAGCGAAUCGAAAAAAUCUAUUAGCGAAUUAUUGGGGAAAAAUCACGGUAAGGAUGCCCCAAGUAAGGCAUUGACAACAUUCAAGUCAGAUAAUCAGCUGCCGUCAACUUCGAAGGGGACGAAUGCUGACAACAAUAACAAUAACAGCAAUAAAACUCCUCCCACAAAAGUGAAAUCUGGCAGCUGGAAACGUUCAGAAAAACAAAUAUCGGGCUUCAAUACCCUAACCAAUAAAAAAUCGAAAAGUUUACGUAAACGCUCCCCAACUUGGCUUAAAUUUCCUAGCAAUAGCGUUAAGAUAGCCGAGAAAUCUGCUUACGUUAAUGCAGUUGAAACUACCUCUGUAUGUCGUCCAGGUACAUUGUACUCUGAUGUACUAUUUGGGGCAGGAACUUCCUGUUUAGUGAAAGUUAAAACAUUAACCCCGCGACGGGCCACUAAUACUGCUCAAAAGAAACUAACCAAAGCAUUGAUAAAAUGCUCGGGUACGGAUCAUGAAAUAUCAGAUGAAACUGAACUUGAAAUCGAACGCGAACUAUUUCCGAGUCUUCAUGUAUUCACAAGCAAUUCUUCUAUCCGCAACGAUGCCGCGCUUUUAGGUGCUAUUAGUCACACACAAGCACCCAUUAAGACUGAUACUUACGAAGAGGCAGAUAUUGUUAUACUUCAGGAUCGCAAUGAUAUACAAAUCAAGGAUAAAGAAGUUUCUUAUGGUAAUUAUUUGGAUCACCAUUUUCAGCACCUGAAUGGUGAUGAAAGUAGUGGGUUGGACGUAAGCGUCGGUAUCUGCGGUGCAUCUUGUUCUUCGGUGAAAAAAGUUGAUAACAGUAAACGCUUGGCCAUUGACAUAGCUUCAUGGAAUUUUCUAGAUGCUGAUGUAAGCAAAGAUGCUUAUCCUAAGUUUUUGUGCCAAUUCGACGAUGAGCAUUAUUUAAAAGCUGAGAAAAUGGCUUUAUUGGGUCUCAAAUUAGCUUUAGGCAAUAGUUCGCAACAGGGUAAAUUUAAAUUUUGA